AUGAAUAUUAAUAAUUCUCUUCCAAAUAGUUUUAGUAACAAUGUUUACGAAUCCAAUUCUCAAACAGCUGUUACCCAGACUUACGAUACACAUACGCCUGUCACGUAUAACAAUAACGUUAACGUAAUUUCUGAUCAGAACAAUGGCGUCAUUAUUCCUCCUGAUCACGCUUCGUUUAAUAAUAAUCACUACCAACAUAAUGUUUCAAACAAUGUUCUUAACCAUAACUAUCAGCAACAUAUCCAGCAAUCUGGCAUUUCUAACAACAAUGCUACUGAUCCUACUAUUAUUUCUGACCAUAAUCACCACCACAACUAUCAACAACACAUGUCCAAUGUCGAUACAAACGAUAACGUUACCUUUUCUUCUAGUAAUAAUAGUAAUAAUCAUCACGCUUUCACUCAUCAACAAUCCGCGUCCAAUAACGUUUUUUCACCACCGCAAUCUUACAACGAUCAAAACCAACCUAGUAAUCCAUCGCAAUCUAAUAUCCUUCCUCUGCUUAGUUCGUUUGGUAUUAAUAUUAAUUCUCCUCAGGCAACUAUUAUUCUUAUGCCUACAACUAAUUCGGAUAUUCAAAAUCAGCUUCAACGGGUUCUUGCUCGGUUUCAACAAUAA